AUGGUCGGAUCAGCGCUCGUGGUUAUCUUCCAAGCGUUCAACACCCUCGACAUCACAGGUCCAAUAUCUAUUCUCUCCAACUCUAAUUUCUUCAUCACAAUCGCCGCAAAAGACGAAUUCACCACAUCGCAGGAAAAUAUCGUUGUCAAGAGAACCAUUUCAUUCUCGGAGGCCAAGAAGCACUUAUCAGAUUACGAUAUCCUCAUAGUACCCGGCUCACGAUCAAGGAAUAUCUUGCCCUAUGUUCAACCCGAGAACGGGCAAUUACUGGAACUCGUCGACUUCAUCAUAGCCUUUGCAAAACCACAAUCCCAUAUACAAACUGACCAGAAACAGAGGACUAUUCUCUCUGUCUGCGUGGGCGGCUUAUUGCUCGGGGUUGCCGGCGUACUGGACGGGCUGACAGCGACAACACAUCGCCUUGCGACGAAGGCUCUACGAACCGCGUGCGAAGAGUACAUUACCAAAACACAUAAUGCCAAAGGCACGCGGAUAAUUCCUGAGGAUCCAUGUGAUGCCGUUCCAUAUUGCGACGCCGGGAUCAACGAGUCUGGGGUCAGGAUCAUUACUACUGGUGCGGUUACCAAUGGCAUAGACGGAGCAUUGCAUUUUGUUGCACUCCGCAUGGGACGAUCAGCUGCUGUCGAGGUGGCAGAGCUCAUUGGACAUCAUUGGAGGGAAGUGAAGGCAUGA